AUGGAUGAGGAUCUUUCAGAAUUAUGGAAUAAGUUUUCUUUAACUGAAGAGGAAAGGUACGAGAUAGUCAUAACUGACCAAGAUAUAGAGAAUAAUAUGGGGAGAGGGAAGUUAUGUCUGGUGGGCAGAGUUAUUGCUGAUAAAAAGAUUAACAAAGAGGCUUUUAAAAAUACGAUGUUAAAGGUGUGGAAAGCCUGUGCUGGAACAAAGAUUAUUGAAGUAGGUGAUAAUCUUUAUGUUUUUGAAUUCCAAACUAAGGGAGAUUUGAACAGAAUUUGGGGAGGUCAGCCAUGGUUGUUUGACACAAAUUUGGUUUGUUUGAAAAAUUUUGAUGGGGUUACUCCACCUUCUGAACUGAAUUUUAAUUCUACCACUAUGUGGGUUCAAUUGCAUAAUUUACCUCUUGGAUAUAUGAAUAAGGAAAUUGGAGGUAGAAUAGGAUCCACGAUAGGUAGAGUUAUUGAGGUGGAGGCUGACUUUGAUGGAAACUGUUGGGGGAAGUGGAUUAGAGUGCAAAUAGAGAUGGAUUUAAUGAAGCCUUUAAUUAGAGGGAAAUUUGUGGAACUACUUGGCCAGAAAAGUUUUAUUCAAUUUAAGUAUGAAAGACUUCCUAGAUUUUGUUUCAAAUGUGGGGCUAUCAAGCAUGGAGUGCAUGGAUGUGUUGGAAUGUUGGCAAAUCAGGAAGAAAAGAAAGAUGAUAAUAUGCAACAGUAUGGCUCAUGGCUGCGAGCAUCAAGCUCAACUGUAGCUUCAAGUUAUGGAAGUUCAUCAGCUCCUAUAUUUCCUACUGUACCAAAGCAAGGGAAUUGUAACAAGAUGGAAAUUUUAACACAAAAAGAAUUUCAGUCUAUUGAAGUUGACCCAAGCAGGGAUUAA